UUCGAGACAGAGUGAUUAAUAUUUCAGAAUAAACGAAAAUGUAUAAGGCGAAGCUGCAGGAGCUGUGCCAUAAGAGGCGUUGGAGCUUGCCGAGCUACUCCUCCAUGAAAGACGGACCUGAUCACAACCCUCGUUUCAAGUCUUCUGUUGUCGUCAAUGGCCUCUCCUUUCACUCGUCUGUCUCUUGCAAAUCUUUUAAACACUCUCAAAACGACGCUGCCAUGUUCGCUUAUCUCCACUUGACUGCUUCUACUGGUUCCUCGAUUGCAAGUGCUGAACCCACUGCAGGAGAACCAGAAAUGGGAGAAAAUUUUAGGGGUACUGAGAUUUAUUUACAAGCUUCAGCUGACAAAAAUGAUGUUUACAAAUGUCUGCUGAAGAAUUAUGCUCGACGCAAAAAUCUUGAGUCACCAGUGUAUUCCAGUAUAACAGAGGGCUCAGCUCAUUCCCCUUGCUUUAAGGCUACAGUAACAGUUGAUGGACAUACUUUUGAGAGCCAUGAGUUCUUCGCAAAUCUAAAUCAAGCAGAACAGGCUGCUGCAAAGAUUGCUUUAACAUCAUUGUCAUUGGAUGGACUUCAAGAGGAUGACUAUGGCUUUUACAAGAAUCUCUUACAGAUGUUUUGCCAGAGACAAGAUCUUUCCUUGCCGGUGUAUAAGACAAUACAAUCUGGUGCAUCUCACAUGCCGGUAUUUUAUUCUACUUUGGAAGUAAGAGGUGAAGUUUUCUAUGGGAAGGCAGGAAAGUCCAAGAAAGAGGCUGAGAUCAAUGCUGCGAUAGUUGCUUACAUAGCUUUAAUAGAGAGUGGACAGAGUCCGACAAUUGGGUUAUCUUCUCGCACUACUGAGGUGAAUAGAGCUUCAACAUCUACUUCUACCUCAGACUUGGCAGUCAUUUUCGAUUCCGAAAACCUCCAAGAAAAAUCUGAUGUCUUGACAUCUUUAGUAACUAAUUACACGUAUAAUAGUGAAGAUGACAUAAUGCAUAUCACACAAUUAGUCCAAGAAGUACAUUCAUCUGAAACAAAAGCAGCCAAUGCAAAGAGCAGCUCUGAUGAAUCUAUUCCAUGUAUGCAUGACACGCUGUCUAGCUUUCAUAUACCCACCUCACCCGAAGGAUGCUCAAUUCCUUCUCCUCCGAUAACAAUGAAGCAAUUACCGGAUAUUUCUUCUCUCUCGAUUGCAGACUUAAGUGUCGGAACUCCUGCAGAAACAAGAAGCUACUUGCUUUGCAACAGGGUGAGGGUUUAUUCAUGCAUCCCUGAGAUUACAUUCCCCAAGGGCAUCACACUGCUGCCAAUUAGCGACAAUCAAUGGGUGGCCGUGAGCUUGGAGUUCCCAAAUGAAACCAAUUAGAAAAUGCUGCUCUCUGGUAACUAUGUCUAUCGCCUAUACAUCAUGAUAUGACUGAUAAAUGUUCUUCUGUAUUGAAAUUUGAAAUCAACUUAGAAGACUUGUUAUGGAUCUCAUAGUCUGAGACCGUAAGACUUAUAUACAUAAUAAAUAAUAACUAUUGCCAUA